CUCUUUCUUCCCUCUUGCUCUUUCCCUUGAAGUCCACUCCUCCCGCCUCAAUCCACCCGCAAUGCUCAUCCCAUCCAUCCACUGAACCACCCUGCCACCCCACUCUCCCUCGACAGGACGCAGAGAGCAGCCAGGAGAGCCCCAGGAGCCAGACUUUGAAGGAACCUCAUCUUUCUUCUCUUUUAUCUUCUCUUCGUUCUUCUUUUCGUCUCUCCUUUCUUCUUCUCGUCUCUCCUUUCUUUUCUCACGACAUAUUCCUUCCGUCGUACAACACAUAUUCUCUUUUCGCCUCCUUCUCUUUUCUCCUCGCUCUAUUUGGUCCUUCUCAUUCAUCCCAUCGCCGUCUUGAUCCCACUCAAAUGUCGCCCCAUGUGCCCACCGUCCUCCACAGUCCAACCACCAGCUCCGGCCUCGGCUGUGUUGACCACUUUCAACUCAAGCUCCAUGCCAACUCUCCACAUCCCUCCACAAUGGCUACGCCUAGCAUAGUUGACAAGAAGCGUGGACGUCCCCUAGAAGAGUUCUCGCACGCCCGCAAGAAGAUCGCCAGCGAGCUCAUGGCAUUCGAGUUCCAGUCCCUCUCUCUAAGCAAUGGCGACGGAUCUGUCAUCCAGGAUGGCUCGCCUAGUUCCGGAUCGCAGCUGCGUCGGCAUCCUCCAGUUCAACAGCAAAGCGCUCAGCAGCAACAUCAGCAUCAAUUGGAUCAGAAUGAAGCACAGUUUGCCACAGUUCCCCCGCAGGACAUACAGCAGCACGAUCGGGUACAAACAAAGGCGCUACAAAAUCCGGAUAUGCAUAACGAGAGAUUGCAACAGCAGCAGCGUGGUCGCGCCAAGAGUAGUCCAAUAGCACCCGCUCGUACUAUAUUGGAUCAUGCGGUUGAGAUCUUGCCAGAGCAGAGAACCGACCAGAGUCCUGAUGCACCAAGUUCGUCAUCGAUGCUCUCCGCGCCAUGUCAGGACUACAAUCGGUUAUCCCUUUUGCAUACUCACCGGAAUCAUACUGAUCAGGCCGCCCAACCAUCCAUACCCUCAUCGAUCUCUCCUUUCUUACUCCUGUCGCCACCAAUUUCUUCGCCGUCUAUGACUUCUACCAUAAUGGACGUUUCAAUGAACAUGGAUGAAGGGGUUCUUGAUUCAUCUAAAGCAUCCAUACAGGAUGUAAACUUGGACGGAAACAACAGCUCUGCUGUAUUGUCGCCGUCAUCAUCUUCAUCAGGAACGACAGUGUCUAGCGUCAAAGUUCUGAGUCUACGGCAGCGGAAAUGGAACAGCGUUAGGAAAGAGUGGCAAGAUUGGCAGGAGGUACAAGCAACCCACACUCCCGAUCUGCCUGUACCAGCUGUAGAAUACGAAUACGACACACAGAUGCAAGCGAACAGCAGCAGUGACAGCCCUGGAUUCAACGGCCCUGGAUCUGGGCCUAACGUGGAGCAGGGAGCGUCGGAAGCAUGGACUGCUCGUCAUGGCAAGGCAAUCUUACACGAGAGCGCCUCGCCUGUGAGCCACCCUCAUUCCGGAGGACUUGGCCGUCAACAUUCGUUUCAUGAGCCAGUAGAGAGGUCUAGGAUCGAGUAUAAUGGAGAUCAGCAAUCGAAUACGGAGCAGCGAGGCGCAGUUGGAGCAAGGGCGCGUUCUUUUAGCGAGACAAACAUUUAUCCACAUAUCCAGAGCCAACACCAAAGCCAGCAGCAACAUCAGGACCCAUAUUCAACAAUGGAUGUGUACCAGAUGCCGGUGCCUCAGAGGAUCAAUCAUUCCCUGGCGCAAGUAGAGACUCAUCAUCAACAGCAACAGCAACCAUCACACCGCAGUCAUUCUUCGCAGCAGGCGCAGCGACAUUAUGGACAUCCCGCGCGCCAUCACAGCGACCAUAUCUAUCCUCAACACGGAGAUCAUUGGGAAAGAAACGAUGAUGGCGAGACAGAACAUGCCAGAUAUAAUUUACAGCCACUGGCGCAGCCCUCGAGAAAUCGGCAUAAUUCGUUGAACUCCGGAGCUACAAGUCAUCAGCAUUCAUGGAUGGCCUUGUCGAUGACAUCGCUGGAUGGUACUGUGAACGUUCCAAGUGAUAGGUUCUCAAGAUUCGCUCCUAGUUCUUCUUCUGGUUCCUCCUCCUCAGGAUCGACGUCGUCUGCGACUCGUCUGGAAGAAUUGCACAGUUGGAACCAGCAGCUGCUGAAAUCCCAAAAUGGAUACCGCGAGAGCAACGGAGUCCAGAGACAUGGUUAUGGCCGAGCUAGUCCCGUUCAGCACUAUGGAGGGCAGCAUCAGCACCACCAAUAUCAACAUCAUCAUGGGAGCGUGGAGGACGUAUCGAUGGGCGAAGAGGCGACGCGACCAAUGCCCUCGAGAUCUUCGUCCCCUGUGCCAUGUCUUUCUAUGGCGCCGACCAUCACUCGGCCUUUGAGCAUUUCUUUUUCGCACCUUGCUGGGUCUAAUAUGCUCGGAAACCUUUCUGAGCACGAGCAUGACGACGACAUGGAGCUCUGAAGCGUUGGAUUCGUGUUUAUAUCAUCUUUGUUCUUUUUGUUGCAUUUUCGUUCCGCCAUAGAGCGCCAAUUUUGUAUUAUAGCCUGUUGCCCCCCCUUUUUUUUUUUUUUG